AAAAUAUUUAAUUUUUAAUAAGUAAACACGAUUUCAGACAAAUAAAUUGUGUUUAAAGCAAGAGGACGCCCAUUGUGAAAAUUUUUUCGGGGGCUGGGCCACUCAACAGACAAAAUGAAUAUUGAAUAUAUCGGCAAGGCGAUCAGCUACCAUGGCCAGCCGCUGCAAAAGAUUUGGGACGAUGAGCGUGGCAGCGAGGAGUUGCGCCAGAUGGGCCUCACCCAAAUGAACUUCAGUGUGUACCUGGAGCGACAGAAGUAUUUUACAUUUCAGGAGCGUGCCAAGCGCCUCAAAGUGCAUCAGUUCUUGACCAGAAAGGCGACGGAGCUGUACGAUCGUGGUCUGGUUGCCAAUGUUAUGGAGGAUUCUGUGGUGGCAAUCGGUAGCGAAUGCCUUGUUCAGCAGCCCCCAUACGAGUUCUUCACACAACUCAAGGACAAACGUAAAGCCUGGACAUAUCGCUUGGAUGUCCUCAAACAGGGCAGCAUUAUCUAUGCCUCGGUCAUGAGUUUGCCCCGUUUCAAUCGUUUGAUGGUUAAGCCCCUGUGCUCUGAAGAACCACUGCACGUGUAUCUGGCAGAUAUACCCAUAAAGGCCACCAUAAUGCAAACAAAUUGGGGGCCUCUGCCACUGGACAAACAGGGAAAUCCGCGUCAAUUCGGUCCCAACGACAUACUCCGCUGCGAGAUCUGUCAAAUCUCAUCGGAUGCCGAACGUCUGGCCCUGAAUAUGAUUGGCAUGUACCAGAAAUCGCCAGAUCUGAAGCUCGGGCUCUGCGACAUCAAGGAUCUGCCCAAAUACUAUCGGCAAAUCCAUAAUCUGGAGCAUCCUUCAUCCGUGCACUAUGAGGAUAUGUUGCGUUUUGCGCCGGAAUUCGAGAAUCCCAACUAUGAUUUACUCUUUCAAGUGAAUGGCCUGCAGCCCAACGAGAACUUUUCAAUGAUGGGACACCUGAAGUUUGGCUACCCGGAGGCGGAAUAUGCCACAGAGCUGCGACAGAAGCAGGCCUCCCAGUGGGCAUUUCGCUCCGUGGCUGAUGGCAUUGAGCACUUUAAGAAUGGCCAGCAAGUUGAGGCCUUUCAGUGCCUGAAUAAGGCAUUGAACAUUGAUCCGCGCAAUGUUGAGGGCUUGGUGGCGCGCGGUGCCCUCUACGCGAAUCGUGGCAGCUUCCUAAAGGGUCUGCAAGACUUCGAGAAGGCCCUAAGCUUGAAUAAGUACCAUGUGAAUGCGCGUAUAUACAUGUGCGAGACCCUGGUGGCACUUGGACGUAGCUACGAAGAGAAGAACUGCAUACCCGAAGCGGUCAAGGCCUACAAUGAUUGCCUGAAUCUAUUGCCCCAGCAUGCGGAGGCACGUCUCUCGUUGGAUGCUCUCCAGCGCUGCUCAAAUCUGCCUCCAGGAGUCGUAGUCCCACCCCCAGUCCCAGUCGGAAAUGCUGUUGGCGAUGGUAAGCAUACACUGAACAGCACCGAUGUUGUCGAUUUGGCCCAAACAUCGGACGAGUCCAGCUCCUCCAGUGGCGGCAGUGUUGAAAGUGAUAGCGAGGAUCCAACUGGAAGAGCACGUGACAACAGCAGCAGCGGCACACAUCAGCCACAGUUUGGCGGCGGUGGCGGUGACGACAAGCUGGCCAUCAUCGAUGCCGAAAAGGCCAACGAAUUCAAGCUGGACGAAGACGAGACCAUCUCCAAUGUCCGGCGACUGCUGCGCGAGGCCAACAAGCACAAAAAGGCCAAAAAGAAGGGUAAAAAGAAAAAGGAUAAAAAGGAAAAGAAAUCGAAAUCAAGGUCCAGAAACAACAGCAUCGCCGGGGACGAUGAUGAUGUGGAUCCCAUCGAACUGCUCAAAAAGAUUGACAUUAAAGAGGCCUUCAGGCUAAUGCAAAAUGUCGGCAGCGAUGCCGAACUGAAAGCCAGGCUACGGGAGUACUUGCAAAAGGGUGGCGGACACAAUGCCUCACCGCCGCCACCACCACCGUCGAUGGCACGCAAACCGGAACCGUUUGGAGGCGGCAACAAAAGGACAAGCUACGAUGACAUGGGACCCAGCACUUCACGGCAUGCGCAUGCAGCAGCUUCUGCUUUUACCUCGAAUGCUGCAGCUGCUGGUGCAAGUACCAGCGUACAGGUGGCACAGCAGGUGGCAGCCAGAUUCCAGGAUCAAAAGAAACCACUACAGCAGGCACAGGUGCAGCCGACGCCCAGGUUCUCCUUCCAAAUCAAGCGGCCCCUGCAAAUGGACAAGUUCGGAUUGCUGCGUCUGGCCGUACCGGAUCCGCAGAAGACUAUUGGGCGCAGCAGCAGCUCGCGUAGUCGGAGCCGCAGCCGGAGUCGCUCGAACAGGAGACGCAGCGAGCGGCGUCGCAGCACAUCGAGGCGCAGAAGCCGUCGCAAUUCGCGUUCCCGUUCACACAGCCCAUUGCGACGUACCAGAACCAGGUCGCGGUCGAGGAGGCGUCGUUCUAUAUCGCGUUCCCGCAGUCGCUCCCGAUCGCCACGACGAUUUGGUGGCCGAUUUGGACGUGGUCGACGCUUCGAGCGACGCUCUCGCUCACGUUCCGUUCACCGGCGGCGUACGCCGUCGCCCUUUGUGCCGCGCCGCACACCAUCACCAUUUGUGCCUCGGCGCACACCCUCGCCAGCGUCACGUUUCCGACGCACUCGGUCCCGCAGCCGGUCGCGCAGCUACAGUCCGCGUCGCUUUCAAUCUCGCUUUAUGCCACGGGGACGUGGCCGCGGACGCGGCAGGAGCCAGAAUCGAUACUCGUGGUUUAACCAUGACCAGCGGCCGAAUACUCGGGCCUCGGAAUCGAAUGGACGUAGUGUUAGUCCGGCCAAAAAGGACGACGGUCUUGAUUCUAAAAAGAGAUCCGAUGAUCCGAAAAGGAGCGCCGAUGGUCACAAAAAGAAUGCAAAUGAUCCCACCAUCGAAGAGGUGGACGAAAUGAUCAAAAAUGCACAAAAGGAACGCAAACAGGGACUCAUCGAGGCGACAUCCAAGGAGGUCAAAGAUUAAACAAAAGCAGCGUUAAGUUAUAUUUUAGUUCUUAUGCAUAUUUGAUUUUGAUAUUCAAAAACUUGUAAUAUGUUCGUUCUCCUUAACCAAUUAUUGGACACCAGAAGCCGACUACUCAAUAAAGAAGCUUUCGAAGCAAAACUCUUCUAGCAUGUCCUGCAUGCUGUGUUAACCCAA